CGACGGCCGCAGCCGCGUGCGCGCCUGACCCUCUGGGACCAGGCCCGCCCGCCGCCUCCCGCGUUUUUCACUGACAGCUUCCCGCGACCUCCGGGUCCCUCUCUUUUAGCGAGAAGCGGGGAGUCAGAGGAGCGUAGACGAGGCUCCGCGUGCGCGGCGAAGAUGGAGGCAGGCGGCCAGGCCGCAGACUAUGACAGCGACGAGACGGUGAUAGACGGGUCGGUGACGGAGAGCGACCCGGAGGAAGAGGAGCUGCCCUGGAGAAGGUUGCUCUUUGAUCAAGACACAUCUCUUAGAUCUGAGUACAGUCUCCAUCCAGAUAGAAGUGGAAUGUGCAAAGGAACAUCUCCUGAGAUUCAACUUGGGUUCAAACUCAGAGAGAAUCCACGAGAACAAAAGAGUAAAAAUAAAAUAAUGCCUCUUAGUGAUACUGCACUCCUACAGCAACCUCAAGAUGAAAUGGAACAAAAUCAAACUCUGUUCCAGAACAGAAAAAGUUUUCCAUUGUUCACUGUAUCAUUUUCCCAGGCUAAACUUCCACUGAACCACCAAAGCAUUCAAGGGCCUGAGGCCGAAAAUUCUGAAAUUUUGCCAAACCCAGAAAAGGAACUAAGCACAGACAGCAACUCUCCUGAAAUUAGCUUUCUCUCAGGUACUGCUACUAAAGUAUCUGAUGUGAUGGUUGUAAAGGAGAAAUCGUUAGUGGAGCCAAAGGAGAUCUUAGCAGUACCAAAUAAGUUUUCUGAGUCUGGAAAGGAAGCCCUGUUGACCAUGAAUUCUGAAGAAACCCAGGAUGAAGAAAGUUCUCUUAAAACCUUUGUGUCUGCCUUAGAAAAGUUACUUACAUCACCAGAAAUCCCACAGGAGGAAAGACUGUUUGAAAUAAUGAGUGAUUUUGAAUCUAAAGAGUUGACCAACCCAUUGAGCAACUCUCCGAGUUCCACAUCAGUAUCUUUGACAUGUCACAGAGAUUUACUAGAAAACCCAAAGGAUGAUGGGUUGCCAGCUGAAUUGUUAGCAGCCCUAAACACGUUAUCAGAAGGCAACGUGGAACCCAUCUGUCACAGAGAAGAGGGAGGCAGCAGUCUCAGUGCUGGAAAUGAAUAUUCAGGAGGGGAACCCAAGAUGUCUCAGACCAGUGAAGAUUGUACACAAAUAACUGAGGUGAAUUCUGAAUCUCUUUGUUCUGCUCCACUCUUUGAACAAGAUUCCAAGGUAGGGGAGCUGCAAGAUAAGCAUCUUUCACCGCAGCAUGUAAAUUCAAGUAUUCUAGGAGAUCCAAAUCCAUUUGGGUUGCAAACUUUGGUUCAUCAAAAUGUCCCCUCUUGUGAUCCACUAAACAACAAGGGAAAUUCAAAUUCAGUGGAAAAUAAAUCUGAUCAAGACAUUCCACGUGUGCUAAGGAGAUCAUCCAGACUGAAAGGCAGAGAUGCAAAGCACAUAGAUGACGUGUAUAAGAUGCCAGAAAAGAUUUUACCCAAGAUACUUGUCUGUGAGGAUCAAACAACUAAUAACUCUUCAACUAAGAAUUUCAGAAUGCAGGAUCCUGCUUUAAAGAUUCAAGGUAAAGGGAAGAAUAUGUAUUCAACUAGACUCAAGAAUAGAGAACAGAUCAGGAGAAACCAAAAUCUUGCUGGAAAAAAGGAAAAAGUGAAGAUGGAUAAAAUAUCUCUGUCUAGAAUUAACCGUAGAAACAUUUUUGGAGAAAACUUAUUGUAUCAGGCUGCUCUGCAUAAUGAUGUUGAUCUUAUUCAUCGUUAUAUAACAAAAGGGGGAAAUGUUAAUCAACCAAGUUAUGCCGGUUGGACAGCACUUCACGAAGCUAGUGUAGGAGGAUUUUAUCAGGCAGCAAGUGAACUAUUAAAAGGUGGAGCACAUGUGAAUAUCAAAGGAAUGUACCAGAUCACUCCUCUACAUGAUGCUGUGAUAAAUGGCCAUUAUAAGGUGGCAGAGUUACUUCUUUUGAACGGAGCUGAUCCGUUACUUAAGAGUGACAAUGGAAAAUGUGCUUUGGAUGAGGCCAAAGAUUCAUGUAUGAAGCGCCUCCUUGAGAAAUAUGUUCCUAAAUAUCAAAAACAUUAUCUUACAUCAGCUCAAAAGAACAACACUGAUUCAUUAGACAUAGAGGAAGCAAACCAGCACAAGAAACCAAAAUUCAGUUCUAAAAAUCUCAUUGGGUUUGUUCGUGAUGAAAAUUCCAACAGACAGAAGUCAGAACAUGUAGAAGUUGAUAAAGGAAGUAAAGAGGGUUUAUUUAUAAAUAAAGAAGUUGUAUAUGAACAUUACCAAAAAGAUUCCAAAGACACAAAAUUUGGUAAAUUCAAGCAUAGGCAAUCAACUUUUAACGAAAUACACUCUACUAGAAGACUCCGAAAGAAGGGUCUCCAGAAUAUCAAAGGCGUUAAUACAAGUAUGUCUAAAGAUAAAGGAAGAAGAAACACAGGACAGAAAAGAACUCAAGUGGAUGAUCCAAAACAAGAAAUAUGCAUUCCAAGAAAGGCAAGAGCUGUUUCUUCUUCCAGAAGAAUAAACAGAUUAGUUACUGGUCAGCCAGAUACUCUCCAAGCCUUUGAUGACCUUCCAGAAAAGUCACAUAAACUUUUUAGCCCAGCUCUGUCAAGCCUGAAAAAUGGAUUAGGUAACAAUAUUGAGGCUUGUUUAGUUCCAAAAGAGACACAUAUCCAGAGCCUGGAUUUAUCAGAUAAUCAAGAAAUGAAAUUCUUAGGAUCCACUGACCAAGAAGAAGCUGUUCUUUUCUCAAGACUUUCCUUACAGAAAGAAAUCAAGUUACCACUUGUUACUACAGAUCAGCAGCCUCACACUCACCAAGAACAACAGCACAUUAGCCCUUAUAAAUCUCCUGAAAACAGUAACCCAGGUAAAAAAUGUGAGAACCUUAGUAAGUGGGAAAAUUCUUUCGUAUCCUUUAUAAAGGAAAAUUUUAAUAAUGUUGAUGAUGAUGAUUGCUUUACCUCUGAAAAGACUGUAACAUGUAAAACAGUGGUGUGUUCUACAGGUUGCAAAAGCCACUGUAAUUAUAAGGAGAAUGUAACAACUAGAAAAGAAAUGGAUUUUCAACAGUUUGUCCCUUCUGAAGACCAUUUUUCACAGGAAAAUGAGUUAAAAGUAUGCAGUCUAACCAUACAACAGGAAGCUGUUAAUCUUUCUGAUUCAGAUAAUACAAUAGGUCCUGAACAACGUGUUGCCAUUUAUGAACAAUGCAAAUGUAAAACUUCUUUUGAUCACUCACAUGGCAAUUCUGAGCAUACUUCCCUGGCUUGUCCACGAACAUUUUCAACACAGGAAGCUUCAAAGUUGACUAGUCAUGUGAAGCUAUUCAAAAGGCCUCAAGAUUUUAGCUCCAGAGCACCAACUCCUUUAAUAGAUCAAACAGAUAUUCAUAUUGUGGAAAAAGUAAAUGAGAGAGAAGACCCUAAAAAGAAUUGCAAUGAUGGAAGCCGGAAAACAAGUUCUUCAAAUGGACCUUUAUCCACAGUUGUUAAUUCUCAAGUAAUAGAAACAACUGCAGUAGAAAAAAGGAAACAAGAUCUUCCAAAGAGCAAAACCAUACAUGAUACAGUUUUUUAUUCCACUGACAAUAUCAGUAAGGAAUUGACCAACAUUUCACAACUUAGACAAAAAGAAGAAAAGGAAAUUUCUCAUAAAGCAGAUGAGGAAUUAACUAGUAAUAUCAAUGGAGAUGAAAGCACUAUGAGAAAUGGUGAGAAAGAAGAAAAAACAGAUUCUGAAAUUCACAUGUCUAAUAUCCAAGAAUGCAAAAAAGUUCAGAAUUUCAGAAAAAGACAAAAUUUAUUGAAAGCUACCCGCAGCCAAGAAAUGAAGACAGCUGGGAUCAAUAAGAGGCGUGCCAGAGGGGAGAGCCGGCUUCAUUUGGCUGCCAGAAGAGGAACUUUGUCUCUGGUGAAGGCUCCAAUAGAAUCUGGAGCAGAUGUGAAUCUAAAAGACAAUGCAGGUUGGACACCACUUCAUAAGGCAUCUACUAAGAGAUCUAAUGAUAAAAUUGUAGAGUUGUUAAAAGCUGGUGCUAAUGUUAAUUGUGAAAAACUAGGUGGGAUUCUUCCCUUACAUGAUGCUGUUGCCAACAAUCAUUUAAAGGCAGCUGAGAUUCUACUACCACAUGGAGCAAACCCAAAUCAAAAGAAUCAAAAACAGAAAACUGCUUUGGAUGAAGCAGAUAAUGAGAAAAUGAAAGAGCUACUGAUAUCUUUUGGUGCAAUUGAGACUGAUAAUAGAAAUGAAAGUAAUGCUACAGUCACUGUCAAAAUUCCUGCUGUCCAACCAAAAAGGCAUAAGUGGUGUUUUUGUGAUGACUGCAACACUGUUGAUCCACCUUCUCUUUCACAAAGAGAAAAAAGAAGAGAAAGCUAUCCUGUGCAUCAGGCCAUCAGUGCCAUUCUACAAAAUAUAGAAGAAAAACAAGGAAAUUUACUAGAAUUUGAAAUAAGAACCCCUGAAGAUGCAGAACAAUGCAUUGAAAAGAUGUUAGAGAUAAAAGAGAUUAUGGAUUAUGUGCUUGCCAAACAGAAGGCAGAAAGGGAUGAUCUGGCUAAAAAAUACAGGGUGUCCAUAGAAUCAUUUAAGCAAGGAGUCCUGAGAGAACAGCUGGCUAACUUGGCCACAAGACAGAAGAGCCUUUUAGUUGUGGCAAAAAAACAGAAAAAAAUUACCGAGAAAAUCCAAAACUAUAAAAACAUUACAUCUUUGUCUGGUCCUAGUUUGAGGAAGCCACCGUCCAGCUCAGAAAUCUCUAGUGAAAAGGACAGCCAAGACCUUAUCAGUCUGGAAAAUUCAUUGCAGCCCCAGUCAGGUUCACUUUCUCUUGUCAGCCUUACUUGUGGAAGCAUGCAGGAAACACCAUUGUCUCCAGAAACUUGGAAUAGCAGCCCAAAUACCAACACUUGUGUAAAUUCAGAAACAGUGAGAAGGGAAUUUUCUGGAAAUGAGCUGAUUUCUAAGCAAAAUGUCAAUGAUGGUACCUUCGAUGGGUCACCAAAAUCCAGAUGUGCAGAUGGCACUAAGAUUAAAUUACCCUCCCAACCUGUUGCUCUUACUGCUCAGAGGGAGUAUUCACAGAGAGGAAAUGAUCUCACAGAGCCUCCAGCCCCAGAGCGCGAGCCCUGUAAUCAUCCUUCUGCAGUAACUAACACAUUAAACAUUGCAGCGACUACAAGCAUACUUGCUAGAAAUGAUGCCCAUCCAUCAGCUGUUGUUUGUGAUCAGGCUCCUACCAGUUGUGAUCCAAAAAGAGGAAAGAGGAAAAUAGCUUCCCAGCAGCCAAGUAGGGGGACAUUGGAAUCUCUGACACAUCAAGGGACUGAUGUCUUAGGCAGUAAUACUGGGCAUCAGACAAAAUCUUAUCCUAAAAAACCAGCUUUUACUGUUCGACGUGCUAAUGACAGCCACAGCUCCUCCCCCUCUGAGCGUGGCCGUCAACAUAUUAUUAAAAAGCCUGUAAACUCCAGCACAGUUCCUAGAAAGAAAUGUAUGCAGAUAAAGGAUCUGAUAUUACUCGGAAGAAUUAAUCCAGGAAAAAACAUUCUAGAAUUCAAAACACAGGAGACUACCCACAAAGCCAGUGUCUUACUGAGCGGUAAAAUUAAAGUAGAAAAUGGUCAGAUUUAUCAAAAUCCAGUCACCUGGCUCAAGGAUCUUCUAGGAGGCAACAGUUAUGUGACUUGGAAUUAUGCUUGGAGUAAGGUGACAUAUCUGGGGAAGGAGCUUUUACAGUAUGUUUCUGAGGAAGUACCCGUAUCUGCAGAGCCAAAUGUGGUGCUUCAGCAACAUCAGCCUUGUCUUCUAGGAACAUCCAGAGAGUCAAUGCAAAGCAUCCCACCUUAUCUACAAAUAAAUGAAGUACUGUUAAUCAGUGAUCAAGAAUUUCUCCCAUGCCAUAUAAUGGAUCAACACUGGAAGUUCUAUGUGGAAUGUGAAGAGCUAACAUUCUAAAACUUUGUUUUUGUAGUAAUUUAUUAGACAUUCGUUCAUAUUAUUAACCCACAUUCAUAUUUUAUCUUACAUAGGCUGGAGGGCCUAUUUUAAUAUAUAUUUUAUGAGUUGCUACUUAAGAUAUGUUUACUGUUGUAAGAAAAAACAUAAUUCAAACUAGUAUAGUAAGAUUUAAUACUUUUUUGCCAUUGAAAUAAAGGUAUUUUUGAAUUAAA